AUGAAGAUCAGAGGGAGGGAGGCUGAGGACUACGUGAACCAGGCUGCGCCCUGUCCUCUUCCUGCUGCGGCGGCGGGGAGAGCCGACGCUUCGGAUCCCGUCCCGGAGGGCGUCGUGGAGGAGGAUCAGGACGGAAACAACUGCCUGAAACACGGCGGACCGGUGGAGGAGUACAGUGCAGAACAGAUCCAGUGGUAUCCGAUGCCUCUCAAGAACUUACACUCCUGUCUGGAGCUGAUCUCGUCCAGACCGCACGGCAUACUCCGUAUACUGGAUGAUCAGACCUGCCUCCCCCAGGCCACUGAUCACACCUUCCUCCAGAAGUGCCACUAUCACCAUGGGAACAGCCCCUUCUAUGCCAAGCCCAAAAACCCACUGCCAGUCUUCACUGUCUAUCACUAUGCUGGAGCUGUCACUUAUCAGGUUCAUAAUUUCCUGAAUAAGAACCACGACCAGUUCAGGACGGAAGUGGUGGAGCUUUUUGCCAGAAGUCGGCUAAAGAUGGUGUCCGUGCUGUUCCGGAAGGUUCAGGAUGGUUACAUUCAGCAGCGAGAGCUUGGGUGGAGAGGGAAGGGGCUCCGCCAGCUGCCCUCUACUGCGGCGUCCCACUUCCUUCAGUCGCUGAAUGAACUCACCGCUCGCCUGGAUAGAUGCAAAACCACUUUUAUUCGUUGUCUGAAGCCAAACUACGUCAAGCUCCCUGGGAUCUUUGACGUGGACUAUGUGUUGGCCCAACUGAGGCAUGCUGGGAUGUUGGAGACCAUCCACAUCAGGAAAGAGGGUUUCCCCAUACGGAUACCAUACUCCUACUUCAUUGAGAGAUACGGGGUUCUGCUGACCCAGCGGCUGAGUGGGGUGUCAAACAAAGAGCAGUCGCUGGCUCUGCUGGACAUGGUGGGUGCCGAGGAGGGACAGUAUCAGCUGGGACUCACCAAGCUGUUCCUCAAGGAGCUUCUGUACCAGCAGCUGGAGGAAAAGUGGAACAGCACCCAGACCUGGGCUGCUGUCACCAUCCAGAGGAACAUCAGAGGCUUCCUCUGCAGGAGAAACUUCAGAUUCUUCAAGGAGAAAGCCAUCGUCAUCCAGAGCCACAUCCGGGGACACCAGGCCAGGAAACACUACAAGCGUCUGAAGCAGUCGUUCACCCAGUUCUGGGCGGUGAUGAUGAUAACCAGGGACACCAUCAAGAGACGCCAUUGGAGGAAGGAAUUUCACGAGAAGAAUAAAGUAAAGGCAGUGGCGAAGACUAAGUCUGUCUCUCCAGGAAUGGAUGUGGGGCUGUUGGAGAUCCCUGCUGAGCUGUCAGCCAGACUUCGCAGUGCAGCAGGGCAGCAGCAUGCCUCAGGGGUCACAGAGGUGGCCCCCCCACAGGUCAAGGCAGAACACAAGCUCAGCCUGCCUCUGGAUGUAGACCGAUACCCAUUCUCUCGCUAUGCCAAGUCCAUAUUAAAGGAUACAUGGUGCCAGCCUCAGGGCUACCCCCUCCAGAGAUCCCUCACCCCCCUGGAGCCUGAAGAUGCCAGGACUGCCCUGGAGAUUUACAAACUGAUCAUGCGGUUUACAGGUGAGUCGGACCUCAGCGGCUGGCAGGAGCAGAUGCUGGGUAACUUCAUCGUGGAGAAGGGUCAGAGCCGGCCGGCGCUGCGGGACGAGAUCCUGGCCCAGCUGGUUUACCACCUGUGGGGCCUGCAGGAGGAGCAAGACAGUCUGAGGGGCUGGCUGCUGCUGGCCUGCUGCCUCAGUGCAUUCACCCCCUCACCAACACUGGACAAACCCCUGCUCAAGUAUGUGUCUGACCAUGGUCCAGGGGAGUACCGCUCACUGUGCCAACACAAACUACUGACAUCUCUGCAGCUCCCGGCUCCCACAGCCCGCACCUACCCCCCCACCCAGCUGGAGUGGACCACUAACCAGAGGAAGGGCACCAUGCUGCUGGAUGUGCACACCUUUAACGAUGAGAAGCUGACAACUGAGGUGGGGUCCUGGACCACAGGAGAGCAGCUAGCUUCAUUGCUCCUUCAUUUCAGAGGGGUGUCCGAGGCGGUGCAGGGCUGGUCAGUGUCUCUUCUGACCGACGAUGGCUGGUCAGAUCUGGCCGGCUCGGACUUUGUCCUGGAUCUUCUGGCUGGCGCUGAAGCUGAAGUGCUGCCGCCACCAGGGACUCCCUCCUCUACAAACUCGGACUACCUGUUCAGCAGCCAGGGAGACAGGAUGCCAGCUACAGAUCUGGAUGACUUCAUUCCACCGGCGCCUCCCAUGCAAGCUCCUGGGCUGCCUCCUUUUGAGGGAAACCCCUGGGGAAGGGACUAUCCUCAGGAAGGCCGUGGGAGACAGAUGGAUGCCUACGUUGAUGACUUGUUUGACCCUGUACUGGACCAAGGACCUCCGGACAUGGAAAGAGUAGCCAUGCUAAACCGCAGGAUGAGAGGAGGAGGAGGGAUUGGACCCAUGUAUGGAUCUGGAAUGCCCAUGACAAUGCCAGGUUAUCCUAUGGGAAUGGCGGUUAACCCUUCAAUGCCCAGCUAUGGUGCAACUCCCAUGAUGCCAACCAUGUCAGCCAUGCCAACCAUGCCAGGCAUGAUGAUGCCUCAGACCAUGCCUGCCCCGCCUGUUGCUGACCCCAUGCAGAUGGCAGCAUCACAGCAGGCUCUCAUCAACCAGCAAGCCUUUCUUAUGGCCCAGCAGAUGACCAUGCAGGCCAUGACUCUGUCCCAGCAGCAGACACAGGAGCAGCAGAGGAAGCAGAAGGAGCAGGAGAGGAAGCAGGAGGAGCAGGAGAGGAAGCAGGAGAAGGAGAGGCAGUGGAGACGAAAGUCAGAGCGACGAUCAAUGGAGCGCUCCCCCUCCCCCUCCCGUCAAACUCCGUCACCCCCACCUGCCAAGCCCAAAGCACCUGUACCUAAACCUGCAUCCAGCUACUGGAAGCCUGAGCCAGAGCCAGAGAGAGACGUGGACUUAGCAGAUCCAGAUGACCUGCACUCUGUCAGAGAGAAGGCGGACUACUUCCAGAAGAUUGGCUUUCAGCCCCCUCGUGAAUCCAAAAGCCCAAAGCCUCGGCCAGCCCCCUCCAGCCCGCCCAGACCACAGCAACGCUCCCCGCCAUUACCAGCACCAUCCCCCCCGCCAUUCCCCCCGCCUACAGCACCAAAGCCUGAGGUGAAGCGUCUCCACACCCCUCCGGCCAGAGUGGUGGACCCCCCAAAAGCAACCCCUGCCCCAGCUCCUCUCGCCAAGCCUGAGCCCCAACCCACCUCCAACAUCCGGGAAAUCAUCAAAAUGUAUAACAGCCGACCCCAACCAGAACCCAAACCCUUUGAGCCUGUCAGACCUCCUGCACGGCAUUUCAUAAAGAAGAAUGACCCCAAAGAAGAAGCUCUGGCCAAACUCAAAAACAUGGCACCAGUGCAACAACAACAGGUCUGGAGGGUAUGGCAAAGUCUAACUGCACCAAAUAAUAAGAAAUACCUUUACAUUUCUAUUCAAUUUGAUUCAAUAAAAUUCAACUCAAAGGAGAGUGUGCCGCUGCCAGUCACGCGUAAGGAGGCCUCCCCCCCUCCCAGGACCCCCUCCCCAAGGCCCUCUCCUCCCUCCACCAGGGGGCCCCGCGUCAUCUCCAGCAACAUGAAGCAGAAACAGCGCUCCCUGGAGGACCUGUUUGGCUCGCAGCGCUCCCAGCGCCCUCCGCCUGCUCCUCCAGAGUCGCCACCGCCUCCUCCACACCCAGCACCCAUCCUACAGAACAUCCCCGACCCCCCUCCCACGGCCGCCCCGUCUCUCAAUAUGAUGCCAGAUGGGGAGGGCGUGCGCUCCCAGCUCCACCGCUUCUCUGCUGGAGUUUACUUCUCUUACUCCAACAUGCCGGGAAAACUGUUCCUGCGAAAAGAAGUGUUUUACCCCCGAGAGGUGUUCAACCGGCCCUACGUUCUCAAUCUGCUCUGUGAACAGAUCAUGAGGGACACCUACUCUGACAGCUGUGUGAGGAUCAGCAGAGAGGAGAGGAGGAAGAUGAAGGACCUGCUGGCAAAUUUCAAUGUGGGAAUGACUAUAAGCACCAUCCAGAACGACAUCAUGAAGAAGAGGAUUGUGAUUGCUGCUCGGGACAACUGGGAGAACUACUUCACCCGCCUGUUCCCUGUGAAGUUGGACAGUGGGGAUGCUCAGGUCCUGGGUGUGUCUCAUCGUGGGAUUCGUCUCCUGAAGAUGGUCCGAGCCUCAGGCAUCAACCCCAAACACCUCCGUCUGCUCAGAGGCUACAGUUUUGCAGAGUUGCUGUCCGUUGACCUGCGGGGUGCAGACAGAGUGGAACUGGAGCUGAAGAGUGAACAGUUGGUGUUGCAGUCACCCAGAGCUCCGCAGAUCACCGCCAUGAUCCGCAUCUUCCUCCAGGAGCUCAUCAGGGACUCAGGCCAUGUGGUUGCCCUGAAGAGCUUUGUGACGGAUGACAAAAGUCUGCUCAGAUUCAGCAAGGGUGACAUCAUCAAACUGCAGCCAAUGGAAGGACUUCAGCCAGGCUGGCGUUUUGGCUCCAAAGGAGGUCGCUCCGGUCUCUUCCCAGAGGACCUCACCCAACCAUCUGCGGCCCCGGACUACCACUGUAUACACCUUGCACGACAAGAUGACAGAAGGAAAAGCAUGAGGGGCACUAGACCUGUCAGUCCACCCAGGGACCCGUCUUCCGGUCUCAUCAGCAGACAUAUGGGCAGCACUGAUUCAGGGCGGACCCACAGAGAGACCUCUGCCCAGAGAUCAGCCCAGAGCUCACUCCAGGGCUCAGUCCUGGACUUGGAGAUUCUCUCAGGCAUGGCUGAGUUUGCCAUGAAGUACUUUAGAGUGGGGACUACAGGUCUGCCAGCAACUGGAAGGAAUUUUUCGGAGGCGGUUCAACACAUAGGGGUUCCCAUACAAGAGUCCCUCAUUCUGUACAAUGAUCCGGAAAUCAAUGAUUUAUCUGUCCAGUGCUUCAUGAACCUGAUGCAGUUCAUGGGUGACAUGCCAAUGAAGAAGAAUAACACCCAGUCAGACUGCAUGCGCCACAUCCUUCUGUUAGGGAAGGAAAAGGAGCUGCUGAGAGAUGAAAUCUACUGCCAGGUCAUCAAGCAAACCACCAACAACCCAACCAAAGCUACCUGUACCCUCGGCUGGCGGCUGCUCAACACGAUGACCGGCUUCUUCCCCUGCUCUGCUACUCUGCAGCCGUUUGUCACGCGUCACCUGCGCGACAUCUCUCAGGACUACGCACAGCCAUACCAAGAGCUGGCGUGUGUGUGUCAGGAGAACCUUCAGCGAUCUCUCCGUUUUGGCGGCCGCCGGAACAUCCCCUCACACGUAGAGAUGGAGGCCAUUCUGGCUGGCAAAACAUCUCGACGUUUACCCAUCCAGCUGCCAGGAGGAGUGGAUUUCUCCAUCAAGAUACGCAGCUUCAGUAUGGCAGCAGAUGCGGUAACAGAGUUCUGUAAAGAAAUGGGCAUCUCAAAUCUCACAGAACUCAAAGAGUUCUCCAUCAUCGCCAACCGACAUGAAGAUGGGAUAAUCCGUCCCCUCCAUGCUGAGGAGUAUCUGUUUGACUUCCUGCUGGAUGACGGCUCCAUCUUCCUGUCCCUGAGAAGACUGAUGUGGAGACACCCUCUGUCCUUCAACAGUGACCUCUAUGUGGAGUUCCACUACCAGCAGGUGACAACCACACACUGUGGUUCUUCAUCCAUCCAGCAGAUAGCAGAGCUGGCAGCCCUACAGCACGUGGCUCAGGGCCUGAAGGAUCCCCCCACACUGUCGGAGAUGAAGGAGUACCUGCCCUCACAGGACGGCCUCAGCAGGAAAUAUGAAGAGAUCCACUCCUUCUGUCUGGGCCACAUAGCUGUCAUGCACCCCCUCAGCCCUCAGGACGCCAAGAUACAAUUCAUUGAGUUUCUGAGCACCCUGCCUCUGUUUGGCUCCAGUACUUUCUUGGCCCAGAAGGUGAGCCAGCGGGGCUGUCCCUCCCCAUGCGUGGUCAGCAUCAGCCAGGAGGGGGUGCUGUUCCUUCACCCAAAAACACAGGAGCGAGUGUUUGUGAUUCCUCUGGUGGACGUGCAGUCCAUGCGAAGCCUCCGUCCCAAGAAACAAAGCAAAGUGCCGGCUGUGGACAUCAACUAUGGCAACCCAAGCCGACCCAAAACAGUCACGCUUCAUCUCAAACAGGUCAAACAACACAGGACUUUCACCCUGGAGACCCCGUUCUUGGGUCCCCCAGAGACCGUGGAUUGUGUCCCGCGAAGGAGCUGUGCCACGUCCUCGCUCUGA